AUGGUGGUGCCCAUCGAAUGUGGCGCGUCGAGAUCGCCUGAGGUCACGUCCAUGGUGCUUAUGGUGGAGAAAUGGAGCGAUCGAGCAAAGCUAACAGAAAAUUUGGAAAAGUAUUACAAAUGGCCAAGCUCUCGCUAUCUUCAACCUCCCACUCGCGAAAACCCAGAGGCCGGCGAGAACAUGCUGAGGCGUAAACCUACAAAAAUCGAAGUCAAAGCCGAAGACAAAGAAGAACUCGAAGAAGCCCGCCGCCGUGCCGCCUCCGCCGCAUCCGCCUCCUCCUCCACCGCCGCCUCCUCCCUCCUGCACCAACUCGAUCGCCCUUCCCUCGACCCUUCCUCCAAAUCCCACCGCAUCGGCCUCUCCUCCUGA